AUGGACAUCCGAGACGAUGACGCUCUGAAAAACUCUCUAGAUGCCCUAGAAAUCCCGGAAGAGUUCGCUCGUUACCACGCAAUCACCGAUGCGCAACUUAUCUCGCUACUGGACGAAUGGAGGAGCAAUGUUCAAAAUGCGCUUGCCGACCUGCGGACCUUGUUGCAAGCAAGAGAGUUGCUAUCUGUCAACGAGAAAGCGAAGGUGAUAUCUGUCCUUGCGCCUCUCGAUGGUCAUGACCCUUGGAUGCUGGGUUCUACCCGAGAGCAAGCUCAGGACAUAUUACAGAGGUUCUCUUCUCCAGAGACCCCUUUGCUGGAGCAGGUCCUUACCCAACACGUGAAAGCUGUCUUCCAGGCAAACCCACAUCCCAUGCUGAACGUCUCAACCGGGCGUACACGUACCCGCCUGAUGGGUGGCCCUCUUGCCACUCUCGAUCAUUAUGGAGGUCAGCUGUGGAAGGCUCGCCCAGGAGCGGUCAACCUGGUGUCUUGGUGUGUUCGACACUGUGAUAGCGUCGCGUACGAAAAGCUAUGGCAUCUUAUAAUCCCUCCAAUGAUGACCAUACUCGAUGACUAUGAAGCUAUGUACAAACUGCAAGGUAUCCAUAUUGUCGCCGAGAUGCUAGUCCAUGUGCCAGCAGAUCUCCUCCGUCGCACCGGUGUCGACGGACUUCUCUUCUCGUCGCUCAAGAAGUGCCUUACCUACCUGCACAAUUCCGAAACGCCCGAACUGAUCCAUCAAACGGUGCCCACUGCAAUCUCCCUGAUACAGCUCACAACAGCGCCGCAUUCUGCGAAGCGCUUCGAGCAGCUUUGUGAGGUGCUGGGCGACGGAAUCGUCGGCAGCGUUUGGAUCUACGCCACGCGUGAGUCGGACGCGAUCGAGGCGUCGGUGGACGUCCUCCCGGAAGCCGUGCAGGCUUUAGACAUCGGGGCCGCACGCUAUCUCAAGGCUAUCAUCCCCCAGCUCGUGUACACUCUGGUACCUAUGCCUGAGAACCGGGCCUCGAAGCAAUUCCAGCUAAGUUCACUGCGUGCGAUGUGCUCUGUUAUUAGAGUGUGCGCGCCGCGCAUGCACAAAUGGAAACGUAUCAUCCUCGAAGGCACCCUCAAAUGCUGGGUGUCCCUCGUCGACAUCGGGGCAGACGACGAUCGUGGGUGUUCCCAGUUGAUGAGCGCCUUGCGGAAGGUCUGCGGCUGUCUGUUGGAAGCAUGUCCAUCCUUGGCUCAGGACGAGUAUGCACGGCUGCUGCAGUUGGACAGACAAACGUUCGAUCCUCUCGUGGGAGGAUUGGCAGCCAACGACAGUUAG